CCCUCCCGGAGGCGGGCCCGGCCCCGCCCCCGCGCCCUGGGUCGCUCCCGGCGGGGCGGUCCCUCCCACCUCCCAGCCUGGGCCUCCCUGGCGCGGCGCACUCCCCGCCGCCCGCAGCCUGACACGCCGCGCGGCCCCCCAGUCUCCCGCGUCCGUUCCCCCAGGCAUGGCCCAGGGCCUCGCCGCAUUAUGGCAGCAGCACGGCACAGCACGCUUGACUUCAUGCUCGGCGCCAAAGCCAAUGGCGAGACCAUCCUCAAAGGCCUCCAGUCCAUUUUCCAGGAGCAGGGCAUGACGGAGUCGGUGCACACCUGGCAGGACCACGGCUAUCUAGCGACCUACAUCAACAAGAAUGGCAGCUUUGCCAAUUUGAGGAUUUAUCCACAUGGAUUGGUGUUGCUGGAUCUUCAGAGCUAUGACGGUGAUACCCAAGGCAAAGAAGAAAUUGACAGUCUUUUGAACAAGAUAGAAGAGCGAAUGAAGGAGUUGAGCCAGGACAGUACCGGGCGGGUGAAACGAUUACCACCCAUCGUUCGAGGAGGGGCCAUAGACAGAUAUUGGCCCACUGCUGAUGGCCGCCUGGUUGAGUAUGACAUAGAUAAGGUGGUGUAUGAUGAAGAUUCACCUUACCAGAACAUUAAAAUUCUACACUCAAAGCAGUUUGGAAAUAUCCUCAUCCUUAGCGGGGACGUCAAUUUGGCCGAGAGUGAUCUGGCAUAUACCCAGGCCAUUAUGGGAAAUGGCAAAGAGGACUACACUGGCAAGGAUGUGCUGAUCCUGGGAGGUGGAGACGGCGGCAUUUUAUGUGAAAUAGUCAAACUGAAACCAAAGAUGGUCACUAUGGUAGAGAUUGACCAGAUGGUGAUUGAUGGAUGUAAGAAGUACAUGCGAAAAACUUGUGGCGACGUCUUAGACAAUCUGAAAGGAGACUGCUAUGAGGUUCUGAUAGAAGACUGCAUCCCAGUACUGAAGAGAUACGCCAAAGAAGGGAGGGAGUUUGAUUAUGUGAUUAAUGACCUAACAGCUGUUCCAAUCUCUACGUCUCCAGAGGAAGAUUCCACAUGGGAGUUUCUCAGACUGAUUCUUGACCUCUCCAUGAAAGUGCUGAAGCAGGGUGGGAAGUACUUCACACAGGGGAACUGUGUCAAUUUGACUGAAGCCCUGUCGCUCUAUGAAGAACAACUCGGGCGCCUGUAUUGUCCUGUGGAAUUCUCAAAGGAAAUUGUCUGUGUCCCUUCGUACUUGGAAUUGUGGGUAUUUUACACUGUGUGGAAGAAAGCUAAGCCUUGAAGAUCAAUCUGUAAUCAUGUGCGCUGCAGAUAGUCUUCUGACCGUCUCAUGUUGUACAUGACAUCAAAACAAGUUAGGCAAUCGAUUGUGAAUUCCUUCAACUCUUUUUGUUAAUUAUUAUUUUAAUUUAAAAACAAAACAAAUGGAAAAUGUAUAUUUUGAUGACCUAGGGUGUUAAUUAUUUGAAAUUCAGCUGAAGGAUGAUUAGACAGCACAGCAAAGGCUGCUAAAUGCACUGAACCCCUAGAAUGUGAUUUUUGUUACCUUUUUUCCUCCUUUCUGUGUGGGCUUUUUUUUUUUUUUUUUUUUUUUUUUUUUGUUUCGGUAGACUUUUUAAUUCGGUUGUGUGGAGGAUUGAACAUCGUUGUUGUUAUUCUAGUGGAAGUUCUUGAUGGUGUUUCUUUCCCCGUAACUUCACUUAGACAUUAAAAUUUGGUGCUUCUAAGAAAGUAAGAAAUAGCAUUGCUUCGAUUAAAAUUGCAAAA